AUGGAUCAAAACAAUGAACUGUUGUUCGCAUCAUGGGCAGGUGAUGAGGACACCGUUGAAUCAUAUUUGGCUUCAGGUCGUGAACGAAAUGUUGUAAAUAAAUUAAACCAGAAUGCACUUAUUAUAGCUUCUAUAAAUGGGCAUGCAAACGUUGUUAAUCUACUCUUAAAACACGGCUUUGAUGCUCGUAAUGACGAAGGGAAUUUUGCUCUUAGAUUAGCGUCACAACAUGGCCGUCUAAAAACCGUCGAAUUACUUUUAGAUCGAGGCAGCAAUGACAUAAAUCCUGCUUUCCUGCUAGCGUCACAAGGUGGACACAAUAAAACAAUAGAACUACUUCUAAAAAGAGGCAGCAAUGUCAAUACUGUAGACGAAUGUGGGAUGACUGCGUUAGCUAAAGCAUCUGAAAACGGGCAUGAUGAAACAGUCAAAUUACUGCUAGACUAUGGAAGUGAUAUUAAUAUCGCUAACCAUGCUGGCUUUACUGCGUUAAUGGGAGCGUUACGAUAUGGACACACCAAAACAGUAGAAUUACUUUUAGAUCGAGGCAGUGAUGUUAAUGCUCAGGACGAACAUAAAUUUACUGCUCUAAUGCAUGCAUCAAAACAGGGACGCGACAAAAUUGUGAAAUUGCUCUUGGAUCGAGAUAGCAAUGUAAAUGCUACAGACAACAAUGGCGAGACUGCUUUAAUGAAAGCGUCACAAAUUGGACAUGAAGCAACAGUGAAAUUACUUUUAGACUUCGGUAGUGAUAUUGAUGCUGUAGAUAAUAAUAGAGAGACUGCAUUAAUGAAAGCGUCACGAUAUGGAUACGAAGCAGCAGCGAAAUUACUUUUAGACUUCGGUUGUGAUAUUGAUGCUGUAGAUAAUAAUAGAGAGACUGCAUUAAUGAAAGCGUCACGAUAUGGCUAUGAAGCAACAGCGAAAUUACUUUUAGACUUCGGUUGUGAUAUUGAUGCUGUAGAUAAUAGUGGAGAAACAGCUUUAAUAAAAGCUUCACAUGCAGGACACCCUGAAGUAGUAGCAGUUAUUUUACAGAAAAGAAGUAAUUUGAACGAUGUCGAUGAUGCGGGUGAAAGGUCUUUAAUUAUAGCAGCUAGGAAAUGCAACAUAAAAAGUUGGGACUUCCAUGCACGUGAAUUCCUUUUAGUGGACAGAAAAAACAUAAAUUCAAGAAACGAAUUAGGCCAUAAUGCCUUAAUGAAAGCCGCAUUAAAAGGAAAUGAUCGCUUCCUGUUAUAUUUGUCUUUACGUACAUAUGAUUUAAACGCUACUGACAAUAAUGGAAAUACCGCUUUAAUGCUGGCAUCAGCAAAUGGCCACUGCUUAUCGGUAAUAAAGCUUUUGUAUAAUCGAAAUAUUGAUGUUGAAAUUACUAACAAUAUCGGAGAGACUGCUUUGAUGCAAGCUUCUAAGAAUGGACAUUAUGAAACCGUUACACAGCUUUUAAAUCACGAUGACAGUAAUAUUAACGCUGUAGGCAAUGACGGCAAGACUGCUUUCAUGCUAGCAUCACAGUAUGGACACGAUAAAACAGUUGAAUUGCUUUUUGAACGAGGAAGUGACAUUAAUGUUGUAGACAAGAACGAUUGGUCUGCUUUAAUGCUGGCAUGCGAAAAUGGGCACGCUGAAGUCACACAGCGUCUUUUGAAGAAAGGAAUAAACGUGACCCAACUUACAGGAUGA